AUGGUAGAUAAUUAUAAAGCUUGGAAUAUUGCCAAGAUUCGUAUGUUGUUCCCAUACCAUGUGGUAGAGAGGAAUAUGGCAACACCUCUCAUUGGUUCAGUUUAUGAGGAUAAGUUGUAUAUUAUUCGUAGUGAUAAAUACCACGUGGAAGGUAAUUGGAAAGAGAUGUGGAAAUCGCAUGCUCCACAUAAAGAACGUCGUCUUUUUUGGCGUUUGUGUAGGGGAUGCCUUCCAACAAGGUGCAGAUUGUUUGAACGUAAUGUCGACUGUGAGAUUCAGUGCCCCUUGUGUGAAGAGGAGGUAGAGGACGACGUCCACACUUUUUUCACCCGCGCUUCUGCUCUGUCUAGCUGGCAAACUGUCGGGCUGUCAUCUGUCAUGGUCUUUGCAGCGUGUCAGCAAGGUAGUGCGACCGAUAGAGUAUUUGCUUUGUGUCGGAAUGAGGAUUAUGAAACUAUAGGUAGAGUGGCUUCGCUAUUUUGGAGUAUAUGGCACAACCGAAAUGAUAAAAUCUGGAAUGAUAAUCUUAGGACUCCAAGUCAAGUUGGACGGGAUGCUUUUGAUCAUUGGAGUGAGUGGUUUGUUGUUCAUAAGAUGCGAAGUCCUGAUGAUCAUUAUGCUCCGCCUUUAAGCACAGAUCGGUGGGAAAAACCUCGUUUAGAAUGGUUAAAAUGCAAUGUAGAUGCAGCUUUCUUUGUUGACUCGGGCGGGACAACAAUGAGUGCUUGUUUCCGUAAUAGCUCCGGUGAGUUUACGGCGGGAUUCACAAAGUGGCAGCAUAUGGUUUUAUCAACAGAGGAGGGUGAAGCAUGA